UGAAAUCGCGGCACAUGAGAUAGUCAAAUAUAUUUUCCACUUGAUGUCAUCUAACUGAAAUUGUCCUCAAAACAAAUUGCUUUCGAUCAGUUGUGUUAACUUUGUGAGAUUCAAAGUGUUUGUUUGUGACACUUGUGUUUAUGUAGUUUGGAGGCUGCCUGUUACUCUUUGGAAUACUUUAAAACAUUUGACAUGUCAAAAACAUUUUACACAAUUUUGUUAAAUUUGAUGGGGAUGGAUGGGAUUUCAUUUACAUCUGAGGGCUCCUUGAUCUUCACUACGCUGUUUGUUCGCUAACGUUCUACGACAAACUACCGAGGCUUUCGUGGAACAGCUGUUUUUAAGCUGAGAUCGAAUACGCCACACAUCAGAUUUUUAUUUAAAAGCAAAGAAAAAUCCUACUUUUAUGCACAAAUACGCUCCUGUUGCUGUUCUGCUGUGUAAAAUAUGAAAAAAAAAAAUUUGAUAUCAUUUGUCAAAAUGUCAUACAUUGUAUUUGUUGAAAGAACACAGAGGAUCUCUCUUGUACCAAACAGCACACUUAGGAGAUUCUACAUUGUAACCACCUGGUCCAUGUUUGUCUGCCAAAUGCAGUGAGACAGAGAAUGCAAAUCAGAUGCACAACACUGAGCAGAUUCUCUGCACAGCAUGUGUUUAUUUUCCAAGGAAAAUGAUAAAUUGUCAAAGAGAAAGACAGCUUUGCGCUACUUAGCUGUUAUUUUAUUGCUUUCACUGCCAGAAUCCAGAGUGACAACUGAACAGGAAUAAAAGAAGACACUGAACACCGUGGACACGUUGACAAUAUGAUUGGUUUAAUCAACAGAAAAUGAAGCUUUUGUUGCUUCUCGCCAUCAGAAGGCAACUUGGAAAUGAUAUAAAAUUGUUAAUACACGGCUAUGCAUGUUUUUUUUUAAAACAUCUCAAUAUUUAUUGAAAAAUGUGAGACUAAAAAAAAAAAAUUUUUUUUUUUUCACUUUUCUACGUUCUGUUCAUGUAAGACCUGUGCUAAAGUUCAUGUCUGUCAUAGAUAACAGCAGCACUCAUCUCCUGUCAAAUUUCACUUGAGUGCUCCUCAAAGAAAAUAGUUGCCAUUAGACUUGUCUUGCCAUUUAGAGGAGCUGAGAGCAACUUGUGCCCUCCAUCACCUGAAAUUAGAAGUUUGUUGGUUUGUCUGAUUUGCUGAGCGGUUUUCCUGUUGUUUGGUAUGGUUUGAACCUGCGCAGUCUGGUAUGGAUCAGAAUUGCCAACCUAAAACAACUAUGUGUCAGUGAAUAGUGCAGAAAAAGCACGAGUGCGGUCGUUUCGUGUCCCUGUUGAUACAAGAGUUGUGCUUAUGGCUACAGCUGGGCUGCUCCAGUGUGAUUAUGAGGCGUUACAACGGAAGAAAGAUCUGUUUUCAUUAGUUUGUUUUAUAGAGGAGCUUCUCUGGAUGUUUUCUCAGUCAGCUGUAGCAUCAUCUAACCAGGCACAUGCAGCUUUCGAACAUCAGCCAUGGAAAAAAAGCUUCAUAUCAUUAGCUUUAUUCAAGAAUAUCAAGCAGGAUGUGAUCAUCUAAUCUAAUUACUGUGAGAAUUUCCUUUAUAAGAAAAUGUGCUGUUUUAACCCCAUAAUCAAUGCAUAAUAAAGUUAAAAUACAAAAAAAUAAAAGAAAUAAAAAAUGAAUCCAUGAUGUAGGGGUCUGUCUGACUUCCAUAAUUGAAUUUCUUACCAGCUGCACAGGACUCGGUGAUCUUGCAAAAAUAUUAAUUUGUGGUAUUAUAAAGCAGAAAUAAUUAAUUACUCACACACAAUGAACUUCUAAUGUGGCUCAUCUGAAAUUAUUUUAAAAGAAACAAUGGGGCAAAUGUAGUCCAUCACGUCAAACAACUUUUUAAUGAACCUAGUGCCGACACCUUUUGUGUUUUCAUAAUGUAACCGUGCAUCUCUAUUUUAUUUCACUGCUCGGCCAUUACAGGUUUAAUUAAGCUAAUGAGGCAACAGAUAUUUCUCAGGAGUGGCUUUGAAGGAAAAUGAAAUCAGCCCCUCUGCCACCCCCUCUCCUCACGCUCCGCGCUCACUAUAAAAGACAGGACAACGUUGGGAAUCUGCAGCAGGAGCUCGUGAACAAGCAAGGAAACCCACAGCGGCACUUUUAUCAAACUGUCAAGAGACACUCCGACGCUGUGAUGUCGCCAACUCUUCUGGCUCUUUGCUUGCUGGUAUGUUUCCUCUCUGGCAGAGACGCCUAUCCAGUGAAGCCUGCCAGUCCCCGGGAAGGAGCUCCACCUGAGGAGCUUGCCAAGUAUUACUCUGCACUGAGACAUUAUAUCAAUCUCAUUACAAGACAGAGGUAUGGAAAAAGAGACAACCCAGACACUGUAUUUUCUGACCUGUUUGUGAAAGAGAGCUCAGAAACUCUUCCAGGAUCCAACUAUAUAAGAUACGAAGGCCUCCCGGGGUGGUGAUUCCUCCUGCUUUGUCACGUCCAGAAGACGGUACAAUAUGUCUAUUACCAACAUGGAAGAAACUUGUGUUGCAUGAAAUAAACUUCAUUUGUCAGUC